AUCGACUAAGAUGAGCCAUGACAGAAUUAAAGAGCUUUUUCUGGCGAGAUACCUAGUCGAACAAGAGCUGUUAGAUGCCUCAUUUGCCCGGCCUGAUCUUCUCAUUCUCAACCAGCCAAUAACGCAUUUCACGGCGUUCGAGCAUCUCUGGAAGCAUAGUAACUACCAUGUUUGCGCUGACGGCGGCGCAAACAGGCUCUUUGAUAUGUUUGCAGGAGAACUGACACAGCAGCGCGAGCAAUUUCUACCCGACAUCGUCCACGGCGACCUCGACUCGUUGCGCAAUGAUGUUCGUGACUACUAUCGCGAUCGAGGCGUCUCAAUAUCACGGGGCGGCGAUCAAGAAAGUACAGAUUUUGGAAAAUGCAUGCAGAAGAUUUCUUCGCGUGUCUUGUCGUCGGGUAUGCGAGACAUCCUCGUUCUUGGAACAUUGGGUGGACGUGUUGACCAAGGGCUGGGACUGUUGCAUGAGAUGAUUCGAGAGGAGACCAAGCAUCCCAACCUUCGUUUGUGGCUCUUUUCGGAAUCCAGUCUGUCGCUCAUUAUAAAGGCAGGAAUAACUAUUUUGAGAGGCGUCCAGGCGAGCCGGGUUUUCACAGAGAAUGUGGGUCUUGUUCCUAUAUACGGCCCAGCCGUGAUCUCGACUGAGGGCUUGGAAUGGGAUGUCAAGCAGUGGGCUACACGCAUGGGCGGGCAAGUCAGUACAAGUAACCACGUCAAAGCAGAUAGUAUAAGGAUCGAGACUGACGCGCCGAUACUUUUUACGAUAGAGACGGCGCUUUUAACUAUGUCGUAACUAUGCAACAUAGGCGCCAUCAGAGUUAGAUGGGUGCAUGCGCAUGGUCGUGUUGUAGCCGCUCAUGUAUAAUUUCUUAUGGCAACGUGCAUCUGCACUUGUUCGUGCAUGGGUAAAGCCAGGGUCUCACCAGUCCCCU